AUGAAACCAGCCCUGUUGCUGUCUCUUGUGGGACUAGGAGCUGGUCUUGCCAUUGAUCUCGACCUGGGAGCUUCUUUGAGUGCUGGCCAGCUUCCACAGACAAAUCGGUUCGAGCUCAAUGUCACCUGGGAAUUAUGGGCGCCGGAUGGAGUGGAGCGUUAUCAAACUUUGGUCAAUGGCCAGUUCCCUGGGCCUCCGCUCAUCAUGGAUGAGGGAGAUAACGUCGAAGUAAUUGUGAAUAACUUCAUGCCGUUUAACACCACAAUUCACUACCACGGCAUCGAGGAACGCCAUGGUCAGAUGGAGUACCUGGGGUCUCUCAGAGGCUUAUUCCUCCUGGCGGAAGAUUUGUGUAUUCCUUCACCGUACAGCAAUAUGGAACAUACUGGUGAGGCUUUUAAAGUCUGA